UAAAUUAUCUAAUUAACAGAAACUCCUAAGUAAGCUGUUUUCAUUGACGAUUUCAUUUCCACAUGUGAUAAAUAAAAUAAAGCGGAUGCCCCGAUCGGGUCGACUUGUUGAACAACAAAACCUGUGUGCAUAGAUAAUGAGUUGAGGUAGUCUAGAAAGAGGAGCCGGGUAUGUUUUAUGUUUCCUCAAAUGUAAUCGAGGCAUUAAUGCACUAAUCUUGUUAAAAAUGGAAACUUCUAGUAUGACUUUUUCUCGGCACGUUUAGUAUAGAGAAGCAUGAUUAUCUAAAAUCGGUUUUAAAGGGACGAACAUGAGGAGUUUGACAAAACCGACACGUGAGUCCCAGUACUUCGCGUGUCCUCUUUGGCCUUGAUAUUUAUUUUGCCUGUCUGGUCUUUUAUGUACCUUCCUCACUAUUUGCUUUCAACCCGUUAUAGUACAUUUGUUUUUAAAUUUGGGAGGCCUUAUUUAACUUAAACCUCAUAUGUAUCAAUGCUUUAUUUCACUCUGAAGUCAUGUUACUAUCUAUAUCAAAUAAAUUGACUUUAACUAGGCGAGUUGUCGACGAACUACACCCGGCCUUUUGUUGACUGGGCUGGGAAUGAACCAAUCACAGCAAAGAAGACUGACGUAAAUCUUUGUGUGGGUUUAGUUGACCUAGAUAGCUUUAACGAAGACGACUGUUUAUCUCAUUCUGUCUGGAUGUCAUUUGAAUCGAUUAUUUUGACUAAUUUGUAAAAUCAACAUGAUAAUGUUCGAUUAUACACUAUUCAAACAUACAAGCAUAGAUUUUUAUGUGUGUAUUUAUAAUAAAAGAAUCAACGUGAAUCGGACAUUAAAUUCCAGUUACAACAAUGAAAUUUUCUCCUGGGCUAGGCCGUAGUCUUAAACUUAAGCCUAAAUAUAGAAAAUAGAACAUGUAAUUUGUAAUAAAGAUUGAGACUAGAUCUAGAUGUUAUAGGUCUGGUUAAAAAAACAAAGUUUUUAAAUACUAAUAUAAUAUAGAGAUAAAUUGUUUGACAUUAAAUUAAAGCUGUUUUACAUGGUGCUGGACUACAGCAUGCUUGUAUGGACGGUGAAGGGAAAGACAAAAAGGAAAUUAGGCGGCCCAUGAAUGCAUUUCUAAUCUUCUGCAAACGCCAUCGAAGUGUUGUCAGGCAGAAGCAUCCAGAUAUGGAUAAUCGUAGUAUUACACGAAUGCUAGGAGAUCUUUGGGCUAACCUCGGAGAGGAAAAGAAUACAUACACUAAUCUUGCCAAACAGUAUAAAGAUGCUUUUUUAAAGGCCAACCCCAACUACAAGUGGCACAAUUCUGACAAGCUAGUAAACUCAACCUCCAAAGCAACAACUAAAACAGUCAAUCCCUGGAUGAUGAAGAGUGUUGGAGAUAUGUCUCAAGAAGGAUGUAUAAUCCCUGGAAAAUUAGCUGAUUUAGACAAGAUGGGUGGCUUGAAUUUGUUGUUGAUGGCCGACAAAGAGACAUCCCAUGAUGCACCAGUUUCAAGUUCAUCACUGUCGUCUGCACCAUCUCAUGUUGUGUCUACAUUUACUGAACAGCCUGCUAGAAGUCAGGCAAUCACUUCAACAGCAAACAGUGCUCUGUUGCAACUUGCCGAGAUGUGUUCAAGUGAGCUAAACAAGCCUACCAUUAGAAACUCCAGCCUGGUUGUACCCUGUGGCAAGGCUGGUUGGAGUGCUUCAAACUCUGCGUCUCUCAUCACUCAUUCAACUCCUAAAACGUCCAACUCAGUAACCAAUUCAUCAUACCAUCAGCCUAUGCCACCACCAAAGAAGAGAGCCAGGCACUGGAGCCUGACUGAACUCGACAGCGUCAGCGAUUCUCAGACUGUGAAGACGGAGAGGGAUGAUGAUGAUAGUCUGGACUUGUCUCCCCUGAAUCUGUCUGCACACCACAAAAGAAUUGUCUCCCUUCCACAGCUCGAGAAGUACUCAGAUGUGGAACACUUCAAACGGAGCACACCCAAAAGAAGGCUGUCAUCUUCUGCAACAGAGUCUAUACCUUCUCCUUUACCUUCUUACAUGGAAGGUGCUGAGUCUCCCGUGUUCCAUGACUCUUUUAACUCAGACAAACAGGAGUCCUCGUUGUCAGAUGUAAAAACUUUAGAUCAGUCUUCAAGAGAAUGUGAAAAACUUCCCAAUUUUGAACAGCGGUUCUCUCCAGGUUUUGUUUCUGGGGGACCUGGGGCAGUGCACCCGUCUAACACAGGUAGAUAUAAUGCAACGGGAGAGCUGCCACAGACCACUUCCAUCAAACUUGAACAUUUUGAUCUUCCAAAAGUAAGUUCUGUAAAACUAAACACUCCAGAGCUUAGCCAUUGGAGAGAUUUGAUGAUGAAGUCUAACCAGGCCAGCCCCAAAACCACAGUUGAACCAUUAACAUGUGUAAAACUUGAAGAUGGUUCUAACAGCCAGUGUUCUGUUAAGUUUGAGCCUACGAACUGGCUCUCUGAAGAAAAGUCAGUGAAACUUUUCAUACCUUCCACAUCACCUUGUAACGUACAAACCAACGGACCAGAAAAUGCAACAUUUGCUUUGGCCCAGAUAUAUGAACGAAUGAAGAGCCAGAGUCUUGCAGAAAAAAGUGUGCCCACCUCACAACGGGAGAUUUGUGAACCGAUUUCAAGAGCCCCUCCAUUGAACUCGUCCAGCACGGAGGUGAAGUUAAAAAAGAAAUGGGUCGAGAGAAUGCUAGUUGAGACGAAGCUCUAUGAAGAUGUUCAGCGACAUGAAAAAAUGCCACUUAUGCAUUCACACCAGGCGGAGGAAAAGAGAUGUGAAUUUAAAACAGAGGCUGAACUCAAUGGCCAUUCCAACAAAAUAACAGCUGGCUCUUCUCAAAAGGAUGCUCAAAAACAUUUAAAUCCAGUGCAGCCUUCUACAGAAGCCAUCAGUCAGCCAUGUCAAAUGCCAGUAAGUCAGCCGUGUCAAAUGCCAGUUUCCUUUAGUGCCAUUAGUCACCCAAAACUUAUGAUGCAACUGUCUCAAAAUCAAGCCCCACAUUCUUAUCAGCCAGGCCAAAUAUGGCGUCAGAAAUGCUGGUCAGGGAGCCCAACAAAAGAACUUCCCCAGAAACUGUUUGAAUGCGCCAAAGACACCAAAGAAAAGGCUCCCAACUCUGCUUGGUCAUCCGAGUCCAGUGCCAAAGAAGGGAAGUCACUGAAAGAACCAAUCCUAAAACCUAUAGCAGCUUGUGGUCAGAAGAUCUAUGAUCACAUUCUGCAGAAACUAAACAGCUCUAACUUCAAUGUGGAGAGACCUGUAAUGAAAACUCGGUUUCCAUUACCAGCCAUGACCUUGGUCGGUACAAAAUCUGAGCAAUUGUUGAACAAAAGCCCAAAAGAUGAACAGAUGUGGGUGUGGCGAGAUACAACUAGAAAACCGAUGACAGCGAGUAGCUUGGUUGAAAAGGUGGUUAGAGAGGUGUGUGGCUCGCCCCCCAGGAAAGAUGGUUGCAGCUCUUGUUGUACAUCUGAACUUCUCCCACCACAAAUUAGCUUGGUAGAUAAAAAUAGUCUCAGUCCAUCGCCAUUAGUCAUGACUAUCAAUCAAGAGAUGACUGGGAAAGAUAUUACAGCAGAGAACAAGUCUGAUUGGAGAGCUGGCAAGACAUCAGACUCUAGUCCAAGUCAUGAAGCUGACUCCAGUAGUAAAUGUGUCAUGCCAGCAAUAGAUAGUGGAGACCUCUCUGAACAUGAGGAUUCUAUUGUGCCCCAAGUAAGAAAAUCUAGACGAGCCAAUAGAGGCCAAAAAUAUCAAGAACUGAUCAAGGAAGGUUUCAUUCAGCCUUCAAGGGAAAGGUUGGCUGCUAGGAAUGCAGAGCGAAGUGGUCGUACUUUUGGGACCAAAGAGGAAUUUGAAAAGCUUGAUAGUAAAAAGGUUUUAAAGCGUUCUGCAAGUGAGAAAGAUUCAUUGAGUGAUUCAGCCAACACAAAACUUGUGUCAUCUCCAUCUGAUUCAGCUUUGUUUAAUGAAGAUGAAAAGAGAUUUAAAUCAGGAGCUUUUGACUUAGAAAAAGAAAUUGAAUCAUUGCCAGUUUGCUCCAUUGAGCAAAUGGAAAAGAAGAAAGCAUCUCGAAGGCGCUCAGACUUGGAGCCUCAAAUGUCUGGUAACAAAAUACCUGUGGAAACAGAUUCAGGAAUUCCUGGGAAAACUUCUGAGACAGUUGGUACAGUCAACUUUCAAGGUACUGGGUGCCCUGCGCCACAUAUACCUAUUCCUAAAGAAAAGAGGCCAUCUGAACCUGUGACUGGCAGCAGGAAACGCAAGGCUCGCAGUUAUUGCAUCACAAGGCUGUCAGUGGAGGCACAAGGUGAGAAGCAUAAAUGUGAUGUGAGCACAAGAGAUCAGCCUAAUGAAGAAGAAAAGACCAGCCCUUCUUCCAGCAGAAUUACAAUGCAAGCAGAAGUAACUUCAAAUGACAAUGAAGCCAGUCUAAAUUUACCAGUUCAAGUGGACCAGAAACUCCUGGACACUGAUAUGGCCACUAGUGCUCUUCUUAAGUUAUCAGCCACUAAAUGCGAAUCCAAACACAGUUCAGCCCCCAGUGCCGCCAAUAGCAACCUGUCAUUUGCAAUGACUUCAAAUGAAAAUAAAAAGCAGGCGUUUUCUGCAUCUAGACUGCCUAUCUCAACCAGCUCUUCUAAAAAUGUAAAUCCUUCUGCUGCAUCAUACAACAAGCCAUCUAAAAAGAGCAAAACACAAGUGAAAUGUAGAAAGGUCAAUUCUGUACAUACUUCCAGUGAUCUGCAAAUGUGUUCAUUAGAUUUCAGAGCUAGUCAAAAUAUUUCUAAUGCAGCUGGUCCAUUAAAUGUGCAUAAUUCUCCACUGCAUGUGUCAAAGAAAAAGUGUUCCGUCCAGUUUGUGAACAGAGGUGACACAAAUGUAGUCGCUUCCAGCCUCAAAGUUUCUCCUCUGUCAGAUCUGAAAGGGGGCAGUCCUACUGCCAGGAUGCUGUCUGCACGCCACAACGUCAGUGAAGCUAAGCUCAAGGAAGAGGCCAAUGAAAGUAGGGGGCACUUGAAUGUCAUUGGUCAACUGUCCCAUGGUGACAAUAUCAAAGACAGGAGCUCAAACUCACCGUUUGUGGAGGAACGUGGUGAGGGUGCCACUUCAGCCGUUGUGAGUCAGAUGGGUUCUUCGUGUACAACAGAUGACAGUCUGUCUCACAGAAUCUGCUUGGAGUCGCCCUGUACACCUGGCACCACUGCCACUGUUGUCAUAGCCUUGCCAAGUUACGUGAUGGGCAGUCAGCUGACAGUUCAUCCUCACCUGAGGGAGUCUGAACAGUGUGUUUUGGCUGGGGCAGACACCUACAUGCUGGUCAGCUCCAGCAAUUGUUACACUCUGGCUGCACCUGCCAAUGCUAUCUCCACCACACCUUCAUCGUCACUUUUCAAUGUUGCACCCUCUGUGAUUUCCUUGCCCAACUCCCCUUCCACUGCCAUGAAUGAAAUAGUAAGCUACUCUGUGAUUGGAUCAGGUUCUGUCAUGGAGGCAGGGUCACCCCAUAUGAUUGGCUCCCCCCAUUUGCCAGAGUCUCCGUCUGUUGCUGCUGUCCAGUCCUAAGUCAACUAUACAAGUUUUUUUCAAGUGAGGUGCCACCUGCAGAUUCUUUACAUACCAUAAGCCAUAUUUAUUUUGUAUUACCUACCUUGGAUACUUCACCAUAUCAUAGAUCAUUUUGAAGAGAGAUGUUGUAGUGUGUGUGUGUGGCAAUUCAUUAAAUAAUUAUUAAAAUGAUUAUGGCAGAAAUUAUAAUGGAGCCAUAAGAACAAAUAAUUAGGACUACAUUUAUCUUAUGUAGGUCAUGUGUGUGUCAUGGAAGGAAAUCACCUAAAUUCUGUUGGCAUUCAUCUUAAUCUUUUGACAGAAUCAUUUCAUGGUGUUGUUCCGCUUAAAAUUUCUUCCCGUGAAGGGUUUGUGAUGAGCACCAGAUUUCUGAGUGAUGUGAACAAGUUUUGUUUGUUGGGUCGUAUUCAGCUGUGGAUAUAUAUGUCUUUCAUCUUUCCGUACAUGACCUUUUUUUAAUUUACUAAUUUAUUUUGGCGAAAGAGGGAAAUGACCUCUUACCUAAGACAUUGCAAACCUUGAUCAACAUUAUUUUUUUGACUACUUGCGUUACUGUAUACAUUUACAUUACACCUGGAUAUAUAUAUAUAUAUUUAUUUAUUUCCCUUUUCUUAAAAUGAUCCUUGUCAAGGAAAACAAGUCUAAAAAGGCAUCCAUUUAACUUAUUUGAUAUACCUCAGUGGAAUAGACGUUUCUUUUUCUUCAUCAUUGGGAACAAAUAUGCAGGACUCGUGGAUAUUUGUUUCACGUCAUCGUUCAUCAAUACUUUUAGGGGAAAACACACUCUGUGUGGAUGUGUUCUACUUUGGAUAUUGAAGAUUUUGUUUCAUUUUGAAGACAUUUUAAACUGUUCCCUUUAGACAUAUUUAUUUUUUAAGAACCACGGUGGUUUGUUUUGACCAGAGAUAUUUUUAUUUUAAUGUUAACCCUUUAAAAGGUAAUAGACAAUUUUUAGAAACGAUUUUCUAAUUUAUUCAAUGUUAAUUAUUAACCUUUGACAUUUUACAUGUACAUGUCUUUUUUUUUUCUAUGUCCUACACAAAACUUUGAAAACGAAAUGUAUUGGUGCUGAGAAUUUCAGUCCAAUGUAAAUAGUGAAUGUGUAACUGUGUCUACUCUUACUAGUCAGUGUCAUAGUUUUGUCCCAUUGAGUGCAUGGUUCAUAGUUAUGAAUAACUAUUAUUUCACACACAAAAAUAAGGCUAAGGUAGGAUUUUUUUAAACUUUGUAAUGUGAAAAUAUUUUUUUCUAGUCGCCCAUUAUUUUCAUUUGUAGCUUCCUUUACUAGGUUCUUGCAGACCUGUGCAUAGUGAAGUAUUAGUAAAUUUAUUAAGAUCUUUAGUUUAGUUGAUUGUGUUAACACAGUUAAUUGUUAUAGUCCUGAACAUUACUGUGUGUAUGACACGUAAAACAAGAUUAGACUGGGUACCUUAACAUUGGGUUCCAUAGUGAACCAAUCAAAAAAGCCUUGGGUGAGAUCCCCACAUUUGUUUGUUUGCUUGCAUUUACUUUGUUAAAGGAAGUAUUAACAAUAUUCAACAGCUAAUAUUUGUUGACAAAUGUGCUUCAAUUUUUUCAAGGGACUUAGUAAUGGCAUUCUUGUCUGUCCGUUCUUUGAUGAGUUUAUUUUAGAGAGAAAAAGGUUUUCAUUGAUGUAUCAUUUGCUUUGAAUCUCUUCUUUAUCAAAAUGCUACUGACAGUGAUUUCAUGUGUGCCUUGUUUGGCUUGCCAUAUUUAUUCCACACGGCUGAGAUUAACCCAUUCAAUGUACAAUAGCAGUAUGUACACUGACAUUUAUGAUACUCUUUGAGUUGUGUGGAUAUAUGGUCAUUAUUUUUGCAUGGCUACUUAAAUGUUAUGAACUAUGUAGGCUUUUAUUUAACCUUUGAUUUACUCUAGCUGUAUCACGGAUUGAAAACUAAGAGCUCUGUAUGAAAAGCUAAAAUUAUUUUACGUUAUAUAAAAUUUUUUGUUUGUUUGUAUUAUUAAAAUGGUCAACCUUGUGCACUUGAACCUGGAUAUGCUGAUCUCUUAGGUGAAAAGUAUCCAGUAGUACAACCAACUAAAAGAUGAGACAUAUAUAUAUAUAUAUCUGUUAAUGUAAUUUUAAUUAAUAAGGAAUUGUCCUUAAGUGCAAAGAUGAAUGAAUAGUCCAGUAUGAGCCUACAAAUUAUGUCACAUCCAACGCAGAUAAAGCUUUUGUAAUAUCUAGAAAACACUAAAAAUUUUACUGCAUUUGGAGAUAAUGCAUGCUGCAACAAUCACUCCUUCAUUUUUGGAUUUUACUGCAAGUGCAAGUGUCAUAACUAGGUUUAACUCAAGAACCAAAUCACAUGCAUGCUUUCAGAAACAGACCUUUUGAUAGUUUUACAGAAGUUUUGUACACUAUGUUACAAAAGGUGUAGUUACAAAGUCUUUUUUUUUUUUUUUUUUUGUGGUUAAAUGAUAAGUUUUUAAAACAUGCUAUUUUUUGUGUGGUUUCUGAUUUUCAUAUUACAAUCAAUGCUUGAAUCAAACUGUCACGGGAUGAGACCAAAUUUCAGCUUUUGUCAGUGCUAGAAAUACUAGUAAGCCCUAAUUGUUUUUGUUUUUUUAUAUAUUUCAGUUUAGUGAAUUCUUUGUCAAAAUUAUUACUUUAAUUUUGGGUUCAAUUUGUUGUUAAAAGUAUAAUUUAGAAUAGUUCUAACGCUAAAUAAUUUUCUCAAACUUGACAUUUUCUUGUAUCAAAAAGAUUUGUAAAGCAGCAUCUCUGUCAUGCGCUAGGACAAGUGAAUGUUUGUAAGACUUGGCUAUUAAAUAUAUUAAAUCUAAUUAACUCCCUAUCAUUCAUCUAUAAUUGUGUACCAGCAUUCAGGCAUACAAUUUUUGUGUGAUAAUUUGUUGAACCACAAUUAGUAAUUUAAACCACAGUAUAUUUUAAUCAGUUAAGUUUGAUCUCAUAUUGUUAUAGAUUAGAAAUACAUCUAGAUUAGGGAUACAGUUAAACCCAUUUUCUUUUUAAUGGUAUGUGCAUGUCAUAUACCAGAAUUUUAUGGUUGAAUUCUUUUUUUCACAAACUUUGUGUCAAAACCUAAUUUUUUUUUUUUGGCAGGUAACUACAAAAACUGACAGAACAAUCAUGAUUGCUUUAUUUCACUACAUGACUCAACUUUUGACUUCCUACGAAAAGGUCUUGUCGAUAUUAAUGUUAUUUAUCCUCAGAAUUAUGGGUGCCAGAAUCUGCUUGUUUUUUCUUUUUAAAUAAUGAAGUUUCCACAGUAGGUUUUAAAAAGAAAUGGCUAGAAUUCAUUAUUUUGUUUUCAAGGCAUGUAUUUUCCACUAUCAAAAAGCAGCUUAUUUUUUUUUUGUAAUGUAUUCUACUUUAACUAAAGAUUAAAACAUUUCUUUUAAACACUGCAUAAGGCUAGGUUUAUAUUACUAUGUUUUUUAACAUAAGGCUAGGUUUAUAUUUUCUUAAAAUUGAUAUGGCAAUGCCCUUGUACACAAGACAUUUAUACUGUGUAUUUUUAUCAUGUGUUCUGUUCUUCUACAGUACAUUAUUUAUUCUUAUAGUCCUCUUUCAUAUAUAUAUGCACCUUAUCAAAAUGUUUUCUUAUACAUUGUAACGACUGACCAGAUGACAUGGUGUGACCUAGAGGACACUUGUGAAUUGCUUCACUCUGCCCAUUUUAUUAGUAUUUUCAGAACUUUUAUUUCAAAGCUGUUUCAUAUUUAUGCAAAAAAAAUAAUUAUGUAUUGUAUUGAGUCUCAUCAAAGAACUGACAUCUAUUUUUUUUUUUUUUUUUUAUUAAAUGAACUUCCAUAAAUUGGGUUUGAGACAUUAUAGAUUUGUUUUUGUUCGUUUUUUUAAAACUAAGAAUUUAUCUGAAAUUAUUGAAAUAAACCUUCUAGCGUCCUGACUUGCAUUUUGUUUUUUCUUGACUGAAAAGGUACAUUUUGAUUUGGAUUAUGUAUGAAAUAAAAUACAAGUUUUAUCAUUUU